AUGCCGAAUAAGCCUCAUAAAUUCGGCAUCAAGUUUUGGUUAGCAGUUGACGUCGAAUCAAAAUAUAUUGUGAACGGUUUCCCUUAUUUGGGGAAAGAUGAAGCCCGAAGCUCACAAUUGUUGGGUGAGUUUGUCACAUUGACAUUAGCCGAACCAUAUUUAGAACGAGGCAGGAAUAUAACAACAGAUAAUUUCUUUACAAGCAUCCCGCUAGCUCAAAAAUUGCUUGCGCGAAAAACGACGUUGGUUGGGACCAUCCGGUCAAACAAACGAGAACUGCCAAAACCCGUAAAGGAAAAAAAAGAUAAGAUGACUUUGUUUUCCUCAGAUUUAUAUAAAUCAGAAAAUUUCAUCCUUACUGUAUAUAAAAGUAAGCCGAACAUAAAUGUCCUCCUUCUAAGCACCAGACAUACAGGUGUACAAAUAUGUCCAAAUGUGUACAAUAAUCUUCCAGAAACUACAUCAUAUUAUAAUAAAACGAAGUUCGAAGUGGACGUCGUUAACCAGAUGGCACGCAAAUAUAGCGUAAAAGCAGGCAAUUUCCGAUGGCCUCCUCAAAUCUUUUUCAAUAUAUUAGAUUUGGCAGCAAUAAACGCGUGAAUACUAUAUAAACAGUGCACCGGAGCCACAAUAUCCAGGAAACAAUACAUGUGUAGUUUAGCUGAGGAAUUAGGUGCGGAAAACAAGGAGAACAUUUGCCAACGAUCAGACGCUUCUUCAUCAUCUAUAAUACUACAAGAGCGAAAAAGUUGUCAAGUGCGCUACUGCAACAAAAAUAAAAGCAGCAAUUGUUGCAUAUCUUGCAAAGAAAUGGUAUGCGGAAAAUGCACAGGCAAAGUGCAAUAUACCUGUAAAAAAUGUACUCAAUAAGUAGGAUUACCCGUUAGUAUUAUUGUUAUUAUUUCCAUGAUAUUUUUUAAAGGACUUUUUAU